AAGGCAUACGAAGGUUGGCCACUUGGCCUGGCUGGGCCUGGAUCCCGGUAGUUAAAGAGGGGAGAAGACAAGAAGUAGCUGGAGCAUCGAAGGGAAGCGAAGUAGAGGGGAAGGACUCGGGUGGCAGCGGGCAUCGGCUUAUGGCGGAACAAGGAGUCCCGUCAGGCCAACAGGGGGGGCAUGAUCGCUCGCCGCCUGGACGUGCGGACGUGCCCUUGUCCGAUGAAGAUCGAAUGAGGCUGCUUAUCUCAAAGUGUUACGAUGAUGGUUUGCUUCCGGAAAAAUUCCGACAUGGGGAGUGGGUGGUGGAGGGCGGUGUCCGCACCUUCGUAGUCAAUGCGCGGCUGGAUGAACUGACGACGAAUUGGCUAAAGGAGAGAACGGUAAUGAUAAUAUUUCAGGGAGAAGCCAGGGAUCUGCCGAUGAGGGUGAGAGAGGAUCUGAUAAGAGCCUACGAAAAUGGCUGGUACAGGCAGGGAAUCUUCGAUCGAAAUACGAAGAGGGGUAGAGUUCAUUCGGAAGGGCCUAACGUGGUCUCCUAUGUGGCUAGAUCAAGGGAGAUAGCGCAAUGGUUGGUGGCUAAGGCGGAGGACUCAGUGACGAUCAGGGGCGUAGAGUAUGGGAUGCUCUUCAAACCCUGGCUCACCCGGACGGAACUCGAUGAACGAAGACGGCUUGAAGAUGAAACAAAAUUUUGGGUAAUGGCUAUUAGAGUUCCGUUGAGAGCUAUGUUCCACGUGGAAAGCAUGGUGGAAACUGCGAUGGGACACGUAAUCAAUAGUCAACCGCCGGAACAAGAUCGAACAAGACCCAAGCUAAUGAAUCUUAAAUUCGAUCUGGUGAAAGAAGCAGAGGGUAAUUUUGAACCCGAACUCUCAAUCAGGCUUGGACAAGAAGUGCUGCGGAUCAAGUUUGUGUGCAAGCACACCCCCUGGCGUGAAAGGUGCAAGUGGUGGUUUCACACGGCAGAUGAUGGUUGCCCUAGGGCAGACGAGGACCUGGCUGGCGGUUCGAAUGGACAGGGGCAGCGCCCGGGACCUAGCCGACCGGAUCGCACGCGAAGAUCAGAGGACAACAGGGAGCUUCGAUUGGCAACUAGGCAAGAGGCGAGACCGGCCCCGAGCGGGGGCCCUGCUCAGCCGUCAGCAAGGGCAACAGGCACAAGCCGAGGGGCAGUAAGUGGCGAUGUAAGGGGUGUUCGAGAGCCUCUUCAGCCAAGUGGUAUGAGAAGUGGGGCGGAGAGUAGUGGCCCGAUCUCUGGUGAUGGGAGAAGGCCGGCCCCCAUGCAAGUAUACAGCGGACGAGCGAGAGGGCAAGUGGUAGCUUCGAGACCACCGUCGGCGUUGGUUCAUGCAAGUCAGCCUUCAGCAGCAGGGAUGAUGUUUACAGGUGCCGAGAACGCAUUCCAGCCAUAUAUGCCAAGAUGGGGCCUGACUCAGUGGCAGAGCUACGGCUACCAUCCAUUCGGAGUCAACUUUGCGGACAUGGGAUUCCUCCACCAAGGCAUACUCAGAGGGGGCCAGGUUCCUUUUCAUAGUCCUAAUUUUGACGAUAUUAAUGUCCAACCGGGGAUGCUUCCUGCCAGGGGUGGAUUAGGGGACACAGGUCGAGCGGGUGGAUCACGUUCAAACCCUCCUCCUCAGGAGCAUCAAGCUACCAGGUGGAGGAUGAUCCGGACGUAGUAGAUGAAGAAGAAAGUGAUGGUCAGGGGGGGUCGCCAAGAAGCUCAGAUGCUGACUCAGUAAUGAGGAUUCCUCUC